UGUUUCUUAACAUAAUGUCUAUAUAAAAAGCUAUCGUUGUUAACUUAUUUUAACUUUUUAUCUUUUAGGUAGCAAUUUUUGCAUCAAUGAUGAAUGGAUAACCUUUUUUUGUAACGUGUUAUUCUUUUUAUAAUCAACCCGGAAGUAAAUUACAGAGAUGUAAAAUACAGAGAUAAAGUUAAUAUGGAAAGGAGGGGUUAUCAUUGAAGACGUUGUUUGAAUCGGAAGUAUGGCAGAGAAGGGGAGGCCCGAGAAACAUAACUACCUUCUGGUGGCGGCCUUUGAUUUUGGCACCACAUACAGUGGAUACGCUUACUCCCUCCGAGACAGUCCCACCCAUGUUCAUGUGAACAACUCUUGGGCGGCAGGUGUCGCUCAACUCAUGUCCCUGAAAACUUCAACAAGCGUUCUCCUCAAUCCAGCCGGGGACUUCCACAGUUUCGGGUUUGAAGCGGAAGCGAAGUACGCCGACCUGGCGGAAGACGGGAAGCAUGCCGGCUGGAGGCUCUUUCGGCGCUUCAAAAUGAUGCUGCACAACAACACGCAACUUAACCGCGAUUCAACCAUCGAAGACAUACAAGGAAACCCUUCGCCAGCGUUACCAAUCUUCACGCACGCGAUACACUACCUUCGUGAGCACGUGCUAGAAUUCAUCAACAAAAGUUCAGCUGGCGUGACCGAGGCUGACGUGUUUUACGUCAUUACCGUUCCCGCCAUUUGGGACGUGCGCGCCAAACAGUUCAUGCGGGAAGCGGCCGAAAAGGCGGGAAUACCGACUGACCAAUUGAAGCUCGUGUUAGAACCGGAAGUAGCCUCAAUCUGGUGCGAGGAAGAAUUGGAGGCAGCGGAUACUCGAAAGCUGCAACAACCGGGGAUACGGUACAUGGUUGUAGACGCCGGAGGAGGCACUGUGGAUGUAUCGGUGCACGAGCGCAACGAUAACGGAACUUUAAAGGAGAUACACAAGGCAAGUGGAGGAGCCUGGGGCGGCACUGAGGUCGAUAAAAGGUAUCUUCAAACAUUGGAUGAUAUCUUUGGCGAAGAAUCUAUGAGGAGACUUAAGGAAGAGACGAUGAUGGAUUUCCUUGCAAUUCUCGAAGAUUUUGAAGUAAAGAAAAGGACACCUGAUAUGCGUACGCGAGGAUUCAUAAUGAUUAAAAUACCCGCAUCAUUAAGGGAAUACUGUGAGGAAAAGAAAGGAAAGAAAAUGGCUGAUGUUGUAAAGGAUUCUGUGUAUGGGGAGAGUGUGGUGUAUAAAGCUCCAGACAAAUUGCGUGUUCCAUGGGAUAUCGUGAAGACCUGGUUUGACAAGUCAGUUGACAACACAAUAAACCAUGUUAAGCACCUGCUGGAACUUCCAAAUAUAAGCGAAGUUGAGACAAUAAUUCUUGUCGGUGGAUUUGUUGAGAGCACGUAUGUUCAAGAGAGGUUUCGUGAAGCGCUGGGAGAUAAACGCAUCCUUAUACCUAAUGAGCCAGGCCUCGCUGUAUUGAAGGGGGCGGUGAAGUUUGGACACAACCCUGCUGUCGUGGCGUCGCGGAUGAUUGAUUACACAUACGGGGUGAGGGGAGAAUUGGCAUUUGAUCCUAAAAAGCACAAGGAAGAAAAUAAGAUAAUGAAGAAUCGCGGGAACGUGUUCGCAAAGGACUGCUUCGUCAAAUUCUGUUCUAUCAAUGAAGAAGUUUUGUUUGGUCAAAAAUUCAAACGCACAAGCAGAGGCUCAAGCAGCAAAAAGUCUUCUAAACUAUUAAUCUACCGAUCACGUGAUUCUUCCCCUGUCACAGUGUCUGACUCUGCAUGCGAAAAGAUUGGUCGCCUGACAAUCAACUACAGUGAGGAAGAUGUAGAGGAUGAUGAUUUCAAGAUAGAAACUUCCUUCACUUUCGGGGAUACGGAGCUGUUGGUCAAGCGAAAGAUGCUGAAAUCUGGGAAGGAAGUUGAUUUGAAAAUAGACUGCCUUGGUCAGGUAUAGACAAUGGGUCUUCCCUUUUAAGCGAUGCAUCAGACCACCCUGUGUUAGUUGACUGUAGAUGUACUGUAUACUAAUGUCCAAUCUAGAAAUAAACAAACUUAUAUUGUUAUAAUAGUAUCGCCUACUUUGUUACGAUGAUCAUAGGUAUACAUAAUUUUAAAAAGGUAUGCAAAAAUUGUUGUAUAUAUUUGUACGACUAAAUAUUUUGUUCAUAAGUCAAAAGUAUCUUCUGUUUUGUUCUGUUCUUUUUCAAAUUAUGUAUUAAUAUAUUUAAAAAGAAAUAUGUAUUAAUAUAAUUAUACUGCAGGAUAGAAAUAAUAAGUUUUAACCAGCUUUAUGGUUAUUAUCAAAUGCGGGAUUUGAAGGUUGAUAUGGCCAACAGCCAAGGUGGUAGUAUUCUGUAAAAGAGGCUCAGGUAGGGCAAAAUGGACUUAGAUCUACAUUGACUUACCCCUUGAAGAGGUAUCUUUAACGUAUCAGGAAAUGCAUUACGUGUUAAACAGUCAAUGAGUUGUAGGUAAGGGUCUUAUAACUAUGAAUGUAUUAUUAAACUAUACCAACAAAUAUAGACUUCACCAGGGACUUUGGAAAGUAUUGCUAUGAGGUACUAAAUGUUUCAUGUAAUUUAAAGUACUCAUAUAUGUUGCUAACAUUAUCAGAAACUGAAGUGUACAAAAACAUGGCUGCUUCUUUAUUUUGGUCAAUCCCUACGUGCAUGUUUCAUUUAAAUAUCAGCCAGGCCACUGUCCUGACUAUAUUAGCACCUGUUUUUUUAAUGAAGUAAAUGUAUAUGUUCGACAGAUGUUUAUGGUAAUGAAAUUUAUAAAGAUCAAAACUAAAUAUUAACCGUUGUAUUUAAGUUUGAUAAUUAAUAUUCAAAAUGCCCGCUGAAAUCUUUUCUGGUUUGUAAUAUCACACUUUGCCUUAGCGUUAUUCCAAAACAUAUCAAUGAAAACAAGUUCAUAUUGAUCUAACUCUUUAUUUGUCAAACCCGAUUAACAAUUUGAGACUUAAUUUCUUCAGCAACAAAAAAAACAUGGAAGAAAAAUAUGGGGGAGAUGGUGUAUAUUUGUUGAUUUGGAAAAAUGUUCCUAACAUAAACGGAAUAUUUAAUAUGGACAAACUACUAACUUAAAUAUAAAAUACAGUUCUUCGUGAAUAUUUCAUUUAAUGUCCAGUAACUAAACGUACUACUAUAUGCAAGAGCACUUUUACUUAGAUAAUAAGUGUUCUAAUUGUUGCCAUCGUCUAUUGUAUGUGUUGAUUUUAUUCUGCAUUGUUUCUAUGGUUUGAUCAAUUUUUAUCGUUUAACCAAGCUAUUAGGCACACAUGGCACACCUUGGAAUCUUUCCUUUACAUUUUGAUUUAAAGGUGAAAUAUUUUGCUAAAAGUAUCAUGAAAUGUAUUUGAUAACAAUUUUGUUUUCUCUGUUUGGCAUGAAGUCACAAAAGGUAAUAGAUUUGUAUGAUAGUUCUCUUAAGCUAACUGCAUUAAACGAAUUUUUUAUGAAUAUUUUCAAUUCACCUUAAAACGUCUGCGAAUAAUGACAUUCCCAAAACAUAUGGAUGUUUGAGUCGAUGUUCAUUAGACAAAAAUCACAAAACCUGUAUGAAGCAAUAUUGUUUGUGUAUAGAUUGUCAUUAUUUGUUAGGAUAUGCAUAAUGUAUUUGUAUUGGAAUUCCCGAAGUUUCGUAUCCAUUGUUAGUUGAAGCGACUGUACACAAUUUUCCAUUGUAUAGAGUUAAGUUCAAUUUGAGAUUCCCAAUUUUCUUCGCGAGUUUUAUUUUCAGGUAUUUUAAGUUGUGUAAUAAAAUGCUUGUAACUUU